GAAACAAAUGGGUCCAAACAUUUUCUCUGGCUCAAGGGUUUAACAAGCCCAAAGUUUUUAGAACUCGAAAUUCUGCAGCUACUGUCUUCUGCUCUGCAGUUUCCUCAUCGGAGAAGAAAACUAACGAUUCCUAGGAGGAAUAUGUCGACUGCGGCUCAGUCGUUCAAUGGCAAUCUCAAGAAAGCACUUGCUGGGUUGCGACGUAUCAAUUUGGAAGGUUUGAGAUGGAGGGUUUUUGAUGCAAAAGGACAGGUGUUGGGAAGACUAGCAUCACAGAUAUCAACUGUGGUUCAGGGCAAGGACAAGCCUACUUAUACGCCCAAUCGGGAUGAAGGGGAUAUGUGCAUUGUUAUUAAUGCAAAAGAUGUAUGUGUCACUGGGAGGAAAAUGACUGAUAAGUUUUAUCGUUGGCACACAGGGUACAUUGGCCACCUCAAGGAAAGGAGUUUGAAAGAUCAGAUGGCCAAGGAUCCCACAGAAGUUAUUCGCAAAGCUGUGCUACGUAUGCUUCCUAGAAACAAAUUACGUGAUGAUCGAGACAGAAAAUUGAGGAUAUUUGCUGACAGCGAGCACCCUUUUGGUGAUCGGCCUCUUGAACCUUAUGUAAUGCCUGCAAGACAAGUGCGUGAAAUGCGGCCCCGUGCAAGACGAGCUAUGAUUCGAGCUCAGAAGAAAGCGGAACAACAAGAACAGGGUACCACAAAUACAAGAAAAGGCAAAAAGAGAGACGAGGCCGAAGCAGAACUUAGUGCAUGAAGGUAAUUUGCUUCCAGGUGGUCUGAGUUUUGUCUGGCUAUCAGCAUAUACACUGUUGCUUCAGUAUUUAAUGAACUCCAGGACUCUGGACUAAGUAUUAUGCUCUGGCUUAGGAAUUCAAUUAGAGAUGACUUCCAAUGACAGUGUGGAAAUGGUAUUUUACUUUCAUAAUUGGUUCCCUCUUUUUCACCGUGAUUUUGUAAUUGGAGGAUUUGGUCAGGAUAAGAAUCCUUUACUGGUUUACCCUUUGGAUUCA